GGAAAAAAAUGGAGUCUGUCUGAUGUUUUAAUAAUGAAAUGGUGUGUAACUCCAAUUGCUAGGCACUUUUGAGCGUUACAUAUCGUUUUCUAAAUCAAGUGAACCGCUGCAAACAAGGUCUACUCCUUGCGCGUCAGUGAGUGUCAGCUUCUGGUAAGUUACACUAAUUCCAGUUCGGCGUCGUCGUUAAAAAGAGUCUGCCAUGUUGGGAGAAACGGAGCCGCAGUGGUUGUCCGAAGAAGUGAAAACUGGAACAACCAUCAUUGCCAUAGAGUUUAAUGGAGGCGUCGUAUUAGGGUCUGAUUCCAGAGUGUCUGCUGGGGAGUCGGUGGUUAACAGGGUGAUGAAUAAAUUGUCUCCACUUCAUGAUAAGAUCUACUGUGCCCUGUCAGGAUCUGCAGCAGAUGCUCAAACCAUUGCUGAGGCAGUCAAUUACCAGCUAGAUGUCCACAGUAUGGAAAUAGGUGAGGACCCAAAGGUUCGAUCAGCUGCCACUCUGGUGAAGAACAUUUCAUACAAAUACAAGGAGGAGCUGUCGGCUCAUCUCAUUGUUGCAGGAUGGGACAGAAAAGAUGGAGGACAGGUUUUUGCAACCAUGAAAGGUCUCCUGACCAGACAGCCUUUCGCUGUUGGCGGCUCAGGCAGCUCCUAUGUUUAUGGAUUUGUUGAUGCUGAGUAUCGAAAAGGAAUGAGCCGGGAGGAGUGCCAGCAGUUUGUGGUUAACACCCUCGCUUUGGCCAUGAACCGUGACGGCUCCAGCGGUGGGGUGGCCUACUUGGUCACCAUUGAUGAACACAACACAGAGGAGAAAGUCAUUCUGGGAAAUGACCUGCCCACUUUCUUUGAUCAGUGAUACAGCAAUCACUGUAUUGUUGGAAUUCAUUAAAAUAAUAAAAAA